GUUGUUGGUUUGCUCUUUUUGUUGCGAAGAGUUCGUUUUCGGAGUUUUGGAAAAUGAAUUUUAAUUUUGCUGGGUAUUGUCUCUUGGAUGAUCCCUUCGGGGAGAGAUUGGAUCUGCACGGGUUCGUCAAUCCAAAUAACGUGGAUUCUUUUAGAUUCCGUGCCAAGAGGAAGAAAGGCCUCCCACAGCAGGAUGAAUCAGUAGAAAGUUCAUCUAAAUGUCCUAAUAUAUUUGACAGUAGCAUCAAGCCUGCUUGUAAAGAGGUUCUCAAUAAGGUUCGACCUUUGUAUGAGAGAACGUGCAAUCGUUUGAAGAGUCCAACGACCGGGACCAGCUUAGGCGAACUAAGACCAAACGUGAGUCCACUUUCAGAGUCCACAGUGAACUGAACUUCCCGCCACAACUCAAUCCUUUUAUAGGAUUGAAGCUGAAUUGGAUUCCACCAAUCAGAACUUGGCAGCUCUACAAGACGUCCGCCGAUGGCGUGAUGUCGCUCAACCAAUGAGCGGUCGAGUCUUCAAAAGUGGUCUGAUCGCUGUUUCUAUGGUGACAACCGUCGUUAGUCGAACGAUUGGAAAAGCGCGGGAAAACCGUGUGCCAGACGAUUUUUAUCCCGACAUAUUGCAUUGUAAAUUUUUUCUUUCCAUGUUUAGUGAGAGAUUGGUUGAAGAUUCUUGUGGAGAUAACAUAGCAUAUCGUGAGAAAAAUCCAUUG